AUGAAGGCUUCCCUCGGUCUGUUGGCCGGCCUGACGGCAUGCAUUCUCGCGGAAAAUUGCGAUCCCAUCGCAUACGAGCAGUCCAAUCCAUACGGCUUAGCAGAGACAAAGGACCCCAAAGUCGUGGAGAAGCUGGACGAAUACCUAUCGGACACUAGAUGCCACAUGAGAUCCGACGGGAUUGAGGAUGAUGUGAAGGAGCAGUGCAAGAACGUAUGCAUCCCAGGUGACAGCACAGCAGAGGGCCAGAUUGUUGUGUCUUCUCAAAGUUGCAUCUUUGGUGACAACCCCUGGUACCCGUUAGGUGGAUUGCAUCCCCUCCUGUGCGGUGAAGACAAAACGUACAACGGCGAAUUCUUUAUUGAAGGACUGAUCGAAGCUGGCAAGAUCCUCGAGAAGGUUCUGUGUCCCGCGUUGAAAGCCCUCGAUGUAGUAAUGGCCAUUGGGAUGGCAGCACUUCCCCCACCAGGACGAGCCAUCACAGGUGGCAUGGUGGCCGCUAUCCGAUCAGCAAAGGCGUACAAGUACGCCCAUGAAGCGCAAGACGCUGCGCAAGAAUGGGCCGACUUCUUCCUCAGUGGUGCGGACUUUGCGGGACAGGCAGGCUGCGACUCACCGGUACCAAGCAGGGAAGAAUUGAUCAAGAAGGUCUUUACUCCUCUGGUCGAUGCCCCGGACGAGCUUGUCCCGGAUGACAGUGCAAAUGUCCUCUAUGAGACUGAGCACGUCCUGGAAUGGCAAACGGUUGUCGAGUUCUUCAAUACCGUGGACAAAGAAAUCGAAACCAAAUACCAUCAUCCUAAUCCCACGACAAACGAGAUGGUCGGUUUCUGCAAGUACUGGAGUGAGCACUGGACUUACAAACUCAAUCUUAUUGACGGUCCAUCUGCCGAUCCAGCUGUGUCCCCCGAUGCAGACGCUGCCCCUGACCCAACCGAUAUCACCGACCUAAGUACCGGACAACUUGUUCCUGUUCAUUGGCUAGCGAUUGUGUAUCCAUACCGAGAAGGUGGCGAGGAGAAAUGGUUAGAGGAAAUGCCACUGCUGGAAAAGCGUAUCAAUGGCAAUUAUAAGGCUCGGGAUAAGACCAACAGCGGCGAGUACGAGGAUAUUGUUGCCAAAGACAGAAUGCAAGCGCUCAUCGAGGGGCGUACCACAGAAAGAAAUUACCGCUCACUGAGUCCAAGAGACCAAUCUCGCCUGGCUAUCCAGAGGUUGCGACCGAUGACUGGCACUUUCAAAUAUAUGCAAGAAGACACGAUCGCGAAGACAUUCGCAAAUCAGAAAAAUAGGAUCGGAGCGAUGAUAGGUCACAUUGACCGAGAGCUACACAGAACGCCGCGACAAUAUGUUCCAACGCGGUUUAACAAUUUGAAGGAGCCUGUUGACGCGCUUCCGUGGCAGGAGCAAGGGUUGGAAGAUAAAUGGGAUGCGUACAUGGACAAUGUUGUUGCGGUGGCAAAGAAGAGAGCUGCGGAUUUCAUGGAACUUCAUCUCGACAGUCUCAAAGCUGAAUGGGAGUCUUCCAAGAAAACCGAGGUGUCCAAGGACUUCGUUGGCAAUGCUCAUGCGAAAGAAAACAGGAAAAAAGAGCUGGAACAGGAACAGAAGGACAUGCUGGCUCUCAUUAAGAAGGCUGGAAAUGAAUGGGACAAGGUCAAAGACUGGAAGAAGCCGACAAACUGGAAAGCAAAGGAUGAACAGGACCCAGGAGAGGAAGAGGCUGACUAG